GAACGCUCUGAGGAAGGUGCAAGUGACAGCAGCAGGACCCAUCCUGAGAAGGCAGGAACAGGCAGUAAGGGAAAGUGAAUAGGAAAGUGACAGAGGUGAAAUGAAGCAGAGAAAUGGGAUAGCGCAGGAGAAGCAGCCAGGGACAGCAGGGCUGAGGAGGCUAAACAGAGUGGCAACCCCACCUAAAAAGAUAAGCAUCCUCUCAGGGUUAAUACUUCCUGUGCUGUGUGAGCAAAGGGCUACAACUUUUGACUACAGGUACAAGGUGAAUUAAUCCGUUUGGAACCCAGCAAAUCUCUUCCUCCCACCCACCAAUUCUUCUAGCCUACGUCUCUUUACCAAUAAAGAGAAAAACAGACAAAGCUCGAAUACCUCUCAAGACGAACGAACCGAGCCUGUUUCUUUGCAUUGCUGGGGUUUAUGCUGGAUUACUGAAGCGGAUUUGAGGAAAAGGAGAAUAUUACUGCAAUCCAGAACAAGUAGCUAGGGUUGCCUGAAUGCACUCAGAUUUCUGGUUCAGAACUGUAACUAGCUGCACCCGGGAAGACAGAGAAAGAGGACACCGUAAUAAUCUCAGCGCUACAGAUACAAUCGCAAUAUUUAAAAAGUUGUCCGUCUACUGAUCUUUCGCUACACAGUGCGGGAAGAGCCAAGAUUUGGAACAACUCCCCUGGCCAUGCUGGCUGCGACCUGCAAUAAGAUCGGGAACACCAGCCCUCUGACCACUUUACCCGAGUCCAGCGCCUUCGCCAAGGGAGGCUUUCACCCCUGGAAACGCUCCACCUCCAGCUGUAACCUGGGCUCCAGUCUCUCGGGCUUCACGGUGGCCACUAGCCGGGGCUCCAGCGGACUGGCCAGCGGCACGGGCACAGCCAACAGUGCCUUCUGCCUGGCCUCCACCUCGCCCACCUCCUCGGCCUUCAGCAGCGACUACAGCGGCCUCUUCUCCAACUCGGCGGCGGCGGGCGUGUCCCCGCAGGAGCCCGGCGGCCAGUCGGCCUUCAUCUCCAAAGUGCACAGCUCUGCGGCCGAGAGCCUGUACCCGCGGGUGGGCAUGGCGCACCCCUACGAAUCGUGGUACAAGUCGGGCUUCCACUCCACCCUGGCCGCGGGGGAGGUGGCCAACGGGGCGGCCUCUUCGUGGUGGGACGUGCACACCAACCCGGGCUCCUGGCUGGAGGUGCAGAACCCCGCCGGGGGGCUCCAGAGCUCGCUGCACUCGGGCGCCCCCCAGGCCUCGCUGCACUCCCAGCUGGGCACCUACAACCCCGACUUCAGCUCGCUCACCCACUCCGCCUUCAGCUCCACGGGCCUGGGCUCCACGGCCGCCUCGCAUCUGCUCUCCACCAGCCAGCACCUGCUGACCCAGGAGGGCUUCAAGCCCGUGCUGCCCUCCUACACGGACUCCAGCGCGGCGGUGGCCGCAGCCAGCGCCAUGAUCACGGGCGCCGCGGCCGCCGCAGCCGGGGGAGGCUCAGCCCGCUCCGCCCGCAGGUACUCGGGCCGGGCCACCUGCGACUGCCCCAACUGCCAGGAGGCGGAGAGGCUGGGGCCGGCCGGGGCCAGCCUGCGGCGCAAGGGGCUGCACAGCUGCCACAUCCCGGGCUGCGGCAAGGUCUACGGCAAGACCUCGCACCUGAAGGCGCAUCUGCGCUGGCACACGGGCGAGCGGCCCUUCGUCUGCAACUGGCUCUUCUGCGGGAAGCGCUUCACGCGCUCGGACGAGCUGCAGCGGCACCUGCGGACUCACACGGGCGAGAAGCGCUUCGCCUGCCCCGUGUGCAACAAGCGCUUCAUGCGCAGCGACCACCUGAGCAAACACAUUAAAACGCACAACGGGGGCGGCGGGGGCAAAAAGGGCAGCGACAGCGACACGGACGCCAGCAACCUGGAGACCCCCCGCUCUGAGUCCCCCGACCUCAUCCUGCACGAGGGGGUGACCGCUGCCCGGGGAGGCGGCGGCAAGGAAUCCACCGCGGGGCCAAACGACUCGUAGGGAGCCCGGACGGAACAGCCGCCCUCUUCCCCUGCAAAGCCCAGGCCGGGGAGAGGCGAAGGAGCCGCCCCCCCACACUGCGCUCAGACUGCAGGAGCGACUGGACUAAAGCGCAGGGUCCAGGGCCAAGCCCCAGAGACACAGCCCAACCCCUCAGCCCCGCAGGACACUGACACUGACCCAGCUUCCUGAUGCAGAGCAAUAGCGAGACCCAAGCCCGCACAGACUGAGCAGUGGAAACCAACGGGACCUAAAACCGCCCUUGGUGUGGAUUACUAGUCUCUAGCUACAGAAGGUCCUGCCUGACGAAAUCUAGUUACAGUGACGCUUUUUUUAUUUAAAAAAAAAACCAUCCUAAAAAAGGCUUAAGGUGAGACAUUAAAGUGGAAGUCUGAGACAGUUCCUCUGUAGUCCAUAAACAUCUGUAUAAAUAGGGUUCAAAAAAGAUUGUGUUCUUAUUUUUCUUGUAAGCGUUGAUUCUCAUAGGGGGUUUAUUUUUGUCUCUCUUUUGUCCUUUUUGGUGAAUUCCUGAAAUUCAGGAAGUUUUUUUUUUAAAUUUCUGAUGCACUUUGUGGAAGUCGGUAUAUAUGUAAAAGCUAUUUAAAAUGUUGAGUUAACAUUUCACUCAAACACACGUAAGUUAAGGUCAUUUAAAGAAAUUAAAUG